AAAGCCUUGAGAACACACUCUCUCUCUCUAAAAAGCGUUGAGAACGCUCUCUCUCUCUAGCCUUAAAAUUGUCUCUCGCCCGCCCAGUGCUCAGUUUACAUCUUGAUUCUAUUCUCCCUCUCGUUGCAGCUGAUCAGUUCUCACUCUAAAUCUGAAGUCUUCUCUCUCUCUAGAUUCUACUUUCCCUCUCGUUCCAGCUGAUCAGUACUUACUGUAAAUCUGUGGUCUUAACAGUCUCUCUCUCCUCUCUACUCAAACCCUCAACUUGAUACUUUCUCUCUCUAAAACACCCGAAAAUAGGAGAUGCAGGCAACUGUAUAAAGGCCUAAACCUCACCCAAAAUCCUGAAGGCACAGAGAGAAAUGGACUACCCUUUCAAAACCUUUCCUAGCACCCCAUCUCCACCGUCGAAACCUGAAAUCGAUGGCCUUCUUGCAGAUGCAGGCUACCGGAUAAAGGCCUCCGACCUGCCCCACGUAGCCCAUCGUCUUGAACAAUUAGAGACCCAAAUGAUCAACGCCCAACCCACCGAAAUGACCCAUCUGGCCUCUGAAACCGUCCAUUAUAACCCUUCGGACCUUGCCACUUGGGUCGAGUCCAUGCUCUUCGAGUUAAACCCCUCUGAGAUUCCGGCCACCUCUGGUUUUGCCGGCGAGUCUCAGUCACCCGAAAUUGGGUUUUUCGCGGGGAAUCAGAACCGUGGGUCAUUUUCAGGCGCUGCAAUCUUGACCCAUGAGGAAGACUCGGGCAUAAGGUUGAUCCAUCUCCUUAUGAGUUGCGCUGGUUCAGUGGAGAGGGGAGAGAGAGAGAUCGCCUUAAAAUUGGUACAGGAGAUGAGGCUUCUCCUUUGCCGGAAUAUCACCGGGGUGAUCGGGAAAGUUGCCGUGUUCUUUGUCGACGCGCUUUUCUGGAGGCUUUCCGGGCACCCCUCCAACCGCGUGGAUUCGGGCGAGUCUGAGUUCUUGUACCACCAUUUCUACGAGGGAUGUCCUUACUUGAAAUUCGCCCACUUCACGUGUAACCAAGCCAUAUUGGAAGCUUUCGACGGCUGUGAUGAGGUCCACGUCAUAGAUUUCAAUCUGAUACACGGUCUACAGUGGCCGGCCUUGAUCCAAGCCCUCGCAUUGAGGCCAGGUGGGCCCCCUUUUCUUCGUUUGACAGGAAUCGGCCCACCGUCACCCGAUGGCCGUGACACGAUUCGCGAGGUGGGUAUAAGACUCGCCGAGUUGGCACGGUCGGUCAACGUAAGGUUCGCUUUUCGAGGAGUAGCGACCCAGAGGCUCGAGGACCUAAAGCCCUGGAUGAUACACGUGCGGAGUACGGAAACUGUGGCCGUCAACUCGGUUUUCGUACUCCACCGCUUAUUAUAUACGACCCCCGAUCAAACCCAGCCCAUCAAGCCAGUCUUGAACUGGGUGCGAGAACUAGGUCCCAAAAUCUUGACAGUGGUGGAACAAGAAGCGAGUCAUAACGGACUCGGAUUCGUGGACCGGUUCACCGAGGCCCUGCAUUAUUACUCGGCCAUGUUCGAUUCGAUGGAGGGGUCAAAUCGAAACAACCAAGCUUUUGCGGAGCUUUACUUAGAGAGAGAGAUAAAGAAUAUUGUUUGCUGUGAAGGCUCGGAGAGAGUGGAGCGGCAUGAACCACUGACUCGAUGGCGGGGGCUUCGACAAGCAGGAUUCGAACCGGUUAGACUCGGUUCGAAUGCGUUUAGACAGGCGAGUAUGUUGCUCUCUCUUUUUUCGGAAGAUGGAUUUGGGGUGGAGGAGAGGGAUGGAUGCUUGACGCUUGGGUGGCACGAAAGACCGUUGAUUUCGGCCUCGGCUUGGCACGUGGCAGGGCCUGAACCGUUGAUGAGGACUGCGGAUGAGUGAGAUAGUGUGAGUAGAAUUACUCUGUGAUACUGUUUGAUUGAGAGGAGGAAGGAAAAGCGCAUAUUUUUUUGGGUGGGAAAAAUAAAAAUUUACUUUUUCUGGUC